AGUGUGUUGUUAUUUGUGCAGAUGUGCACAAACUGAGAGACGCAGAUCAGUGGGUGUGAGGAAGUCUGUUUUUUCUCUCUUCUCUUUAGCUGAAUCUACUGUCACGGAUGCCUGUCUGUCUUCUAAACGUCUGGACAUGAACAACUUUCAAGAGUCCUGCUGCUCCAUUUUAGGAGUUCUUCUGUUUUUCCUUCUCCAAGUGUCGUGUGCUGAUCCAGAUGUUGAUGUUGUGCACAAAGCUGUUGGAGACUCAUUGGAAUUAAUUGCUGAUUAUUCAAAAAAAGACCUUGAAGUGCAGUGGAAAUAUAAUGAGGUUAUGUUUGCUGAGUAUCAAAAUAAUAAUUUAAAAAUAGUUAAACCUGAUGUAUUUCACAAAAGGUUAAAGAUUAAUGAGGACAAUAUUAGUGUAACAGUAGAAAACCUUAAACUCCAGGAUUCUGGAAGCUUCAGUAUUGUUGCAGUAGGACAAUCUGGCCAACAUCCAACAAAAAUCAUUGAGCUUCAUGUUCAUGGUCGCAUCACAGAUGUUCAGAUUGUGUACAGUGAUUCCUGGUUGCAGUUGAAAAACAUUUGUAUGUUUCAUCUUCUGUGUCUAGCAUCUGGUGAUCCAAAUCCCUCGUACAGCUGGACGCGUCAUCAGGUCAAGGCUCAAAGUCAACACCUGAAGAUCAGCCUCCGUCCAGCAGAGAGCACUACACUCACCUGCACAGCCAGCAACAGCAUCAGUUUCAAGUAUAUAACUAAGACUGUAGUGUGUACUGGAAAACCAAGUAUGCCAUCAGAUCUCAUCAUAUAUGUAAAGAUUGAGUCCAGUGUUUCCUGGCUCCAAGACAUUUGCAUGUUUCAUCUUUGGUGUCUGGCAUCAGGCCAUCCAAAUCCCUCCUACAGCUGGAUUGGUCAUCAAACUCAAGGCCCACAUCUGAAUAUCACUCUCCGUCCAGCAGAGAGCGCUACAUUCAACUGCACAGCCAACAACACUGUCAGCAUGAAGUAUGCUACUAAGACUGUAGUGUGCACAGAGAAAUCUGAGGGUCAGACAUUGUGUGUAAAAAGUUAAUUUUUUAAAGGAUCAUAUAAUUUACAAAAUUUUACUUUGAAACAAAGACAAAGACAAUCUUACUGCUAAAUGCCCACCCAUUUUUGGAGACCAAUUUAAAUGGUAAGGUUAUGUAUAUUUGUUAAAUUGCUCUAAAAUGAUCUUGUUCCAUUAUCAUUCAUUAUGAUGAUGUGCAUAAGCAAUUUUUGGAUGUGUUCAUAUUAACAACAUGGACACAAAACAGUAAAAUCUGGUCAUCAGUUGAUGCAGCAAUUUUUAUUUAUCUUGUUUAAUUAUUUUAAUUAUCUUAUUUAAUUCUAUUUAUUUUUGAUGAGAUGAGCUUGCAAACACUUUGAACUUGUGUGAAGUGCUGCUCAAUAAAUCUAAAACGGUUUUGUGCACAUCAUCAAAAAACACAAACGACAUUUUAACCACAAGAUGGCGCAGCAGCCACAUCAGCUGCAUUUCUUUAAUGCUAAAAGUGCCAGUGUGGCCUGUAUGAAAGGGCUUUUAACACUUUUAGCACUUAACAAGAGUUGUCUUUUUCUAACACCUGCUUUUAACCCCGGGUAAGGAACGCUAUACACUCGUCAUUUAGAAAUGGGUUAGUGGAAAAUGGGCUAAUGGGCUAAGAAAUGGGCUACUUACAUGGGAUUUACCACUUUUACAGUGUUAACCCAGGGGCGUUUUUAGGAUUUGAAAACAUCCGGGGCUGGUACCAAAACAUCAGGGGCUAGUGGUGGUGGAUGGGAGCUAACAUCAUACUUGCGUAAAAUUUUGUUAGACACAGGUGGCUGAACCUGGACGAUAUAAUUUAAAGGUAAAUUCAUUGAUCUGGUGCACUUUAAGAGUUAACAAAUAAAAGCUCCAAGUUAACCCAUGUCUAGUGUGCAAAUUGAACAAAGAAAAAGGUCUGAUACUCUGAAAACAUCGGAUCAUGAACUGAUCCUGUGAGCAAAGUCAUACUGUGCUUUCGAUUUUAGUUAAUUUGACAGAUACUUUGCCAAAGCAGUGGCACAAAACAGCGUUGUUACACUAUAAAAAAUAGUAAAUAGUAAAUCACUGCAAAUAGCAAAUAAAAGUAUUAUAACAAAAUUAUAAAUUUACAAAAAUACAUUACACGAAUACAAUAAUUCAUUUGAAAAUGUAUUUACAACUGUAACAAAUAUAUAUUUGCAUGCAAAAAUAGGGCCCCAUUUUAUUUUUUCUGUUUUAAUUUUUCUGGACUCCUUUAUGAUAGUUAGAUUUAAUUUUAUUAUUAAUAAUAAUAAUAAUAAAAUAUAAAACGUGUAAUUAAUUAAAGCAAUGAAACUUUAGAUAGUCUGGGCCUAGUGAGGGUUUCCUGGGGGCUAAGUGAGGGUUGCCCAUGCAGGACCAGUGCUAAGGGGCCAACGUUAUGCCAAUGAGCAAAGUCUCAGUGGCUGUGCACUGGCAGCCUGCUAGGGGCCUCCAACCGCUGGCCUCCAUUACAUAUCUCUUAACCAAACUCUUUAUCAAAGCUCUUUAGUGUGUUGUUAUUUGUGCAGAUGUGCACAAACUGAGAGACACAGAGCAGUGAGUGUGAGGACGUCUGUUUUUCUCUCUUCUGUUUAGCUGAAUCUGCUGUCACGGAUGCCUCGGUCAUCUAAACAUCUGAACAUGAACAUCUUUCGAGAGUCC